AUGGUUCACAAGAAUAUAGACAUCCAGAUAGAACAGAAAGAAAAUGGAGACAAUCUGAUGUCAGACCAGAGUCACACACUUGUGAUGAUAAAGGAUGGGACCGUGAGAAGGUCAUUUCAGAAUACCAAGAAAUCAUCAUCUUUGAAGGAACCAAGAGCUGUGGAAUAUUCACCAAGGAGUGAAGCUUCUAAAGAUGUUAAGAAAGGUUUUACCAACCAGGGAAAAACAACAGGGGGAAGCUCAAAGAAAACAACAGUGAGGUAUGUAGAGAACCAAGAGGAUACGAACAGUAAAACGGUAGAAAAGACCAUUGAAUUGCCAUCGUCAAAGUCAUUUACUAUUGUGCAGCACUAUAUUGCCGGAACUCUGCAAAGGUUACAAGACCAAGGGUUUUCUGUAUCCUUAACUGAUAACAAAGUAUGCAUUAAAGGGAAAGUUGAGGAUAUUGAAGAUGGCAUACAGGAACUGACAUCAGCUGUGAAGGCUGUUGACAGCUUAUAUGAUGAAACACUUGCUUUUUCAUCAAGUACCAAGUUAACUGAUGUUCGCAAAGAAGUAAAUCAAAUUGAAGAAUAUAUGGAUGUGUGUUUUAUUAUUAAUGAAAAGAAAAAGACUGUCACAGUUCAUGGAAAAAAUAUAAAAGAUGUAUCAGAAGCAAAACAUGAAUUAGAAAAAUGUUUGAUUGGCACCUUACAGAACAGUCAUACUUCCCAAAAUUCUGGAAAUAUAAAACAACAGAAAAACAUUGAAACUGAUAUGACCAUCAGAGAACCAACAAAAGCAAAACAAAGAAUUGAAAGGAGUUUUUCAUGGUUGCCAGAUUCAGAGAAUUGUAAAAUGUUUCUCACCAAACAAAAUAUAAAAAUUAAAGUUUAUUCUGCAAAUAUCUUAGUAUUACCAGUUGACUGUAUAGUAAACGCUGCAAAUAUCAACUUAGCACAUGGUGGUGGAGUUGCAAGAGCAAUUGCAAAGGCAGCAGGAAAAGAUCUUACAAAGGAAGGGUAUGAUUACCUGAAAAGUCAUGGCAAAUUGAAAGUAGGGGAAGCAUGCUAUACCAAAGCUGGACAACUGCCAUAUAAACUGGUAAUUCAUGCAGUUGGUCCAUGUUGGUCAGACUAUACACCACAUUCUCAGGCAAUGGUAGACAGGUGUGAAUUGGAUUUGUAUAAUGCUGUUAUCAACAGUCUUUCUUUAGCAGAGAGGUGUGACAUGCAAACAAUAGCAAUCCCAGCUAUUAGCUCAGGCAUAUAUGGUUGUCCAGCAGAUGUAUGCUGUGUACAGUAUGGAAGAGCUGUACUUCAUUACAGUCAGCUGUCAAAAUGUCCACUUAAAGAAAUUCAUUUUGUGGACAUAAACAAAGACAUUGUCUGUGACAUAAAGCAAACAUUUGAAGUUAUGAUUCGAGAUGAGAAUUUACCAAGCACUUACAACAAAGCAAAAUAUAUUAAAAAGCAGACUGGGCGAGACAAAAAAAAUAGUAAAGAUGCCUCUGAUAAACUGCAGUCUCCCAGAAAUAACUUCAUGAAAUCAGAUGGUAAACCAGCAACACAGAGUAUGCAUUCGGCUGAUAGAAAUAGAAGUCUCCAGCAAAGUACAUCUCCAGCCACAUUGCGAGCAGGGUAUCUGUAUGAAUCUGGUGAACAACCUCCUGGGCAUCACAAAAAGUCAUACACAUACACUGUAGGUCAAGGACAGAAAAUAUAUAUAUAUUCAGGAAAUUUAUUAACUUUACGAACAAUUGAUAUGAUUGCAUGUGGUGAGGUUCCAAAAGGAGUUGGACAGGGAAAAGUUACGCAGAAGCUCCUUGAACUUGGAGGUGAGAGGUAUAAGUCACAGAAGAAAAGUGCAUUUACUUCUGCAGUGAAACCAGGAGACAUUGUAUUUUGUAAAGGUGGUGCAAGUAAUUUCCAGUGGGUAGCACACGCAGUUCUAAAUCCAUGGAGUAACCCUGGUAAAGUUGAGGAUAUAUGGCAGGCUGUCAGCAAUAUAUAUGAGGACAUAUUUUAUGGGAUGAUGAAACGUGGAUGCCAUUCACUGGCACUACCCCUAAUAGGAACAGGUAAAGGCAAUGCAGACCCUAAAAGCUGUGCACGGAAUCUAUUUGAAAGCCUCGUGAUGUUUUGUUCCAAAAACAAAUCAUACAAAUUUGAUAUCCAUCUUGUUCAUAUGGAAUCAGACAAAACAAAGAUGGCAAUUGGGGUUCUAAAAGGAAUGGUCCAGAAUCUGGUGACAGAUGCAAAUCCCACCUCAUCGUUUCCAAAUAGCCAGAGAAGAACAAAUGAUACACGUUCAACUAGAGGUAAACCUCAAGGAAGACCUGCAUCUGCUUCCUUCCACCAAGCAUCAAAACCCAAAAUGCCAGUGAAUGGAUCAAGCAGUUGUGAUUCUAGGCGACCAAGUAGAGGAAACAGGACUCCUAACACUCAAAAAGGUUUUGACAGUAGAAAAUCAAGAAUACAAGGACCACCUAGACAUACGGAGUAUGAUAAAAGUUGCUACACAUCUGGGCAACAGAGAUUUGGUGACAAAAGCCAUUCUAAAGAUGAAGACCUAUAUCAUUUUCCUCAAGAAGAAGAAGAAGAAGAUUUUCCUCAAGAAGAAGAUUUUCAUCAAGAAGAAGAUGCAGUAUCAAAUGAUUCUGAUUCUAGUGCAGAUGGCAAAGAAAGUGGUGAAAAUGUGACUGGAAACCUAAAGAUAGUUGAGGUUUCAAACACAGACAGCCAAAAAGAUAACUUUGGUACACAUAAGACAGAAUUUGCAAUGUCUGAGGAAAUGCGCAAGAAAGAUGAAUCAUCUCAUGAUGUGUCUGAUGAAGAAUCUGAUAAGGAUGACAAUAAUCAGGAAGAGGAUGCUGAAACAUGUGUAAUAUGCAUGGAGGAUAUCACAGAUCCACAAAAAUUAUCAUGUGGACAUGUGUUCUGCGCUGAUUGCAUUAAGGAGCAGUUCACUUACAAACAAGCAUGUCCAACUUGUGGCAAAGUGUGUGGAAUCAUAAAAGGGGAUCAGCCAUAUGGGCAGAUGGAUGUAGUUAUCAAUGAUAGGGCUUCCUGCGCAGGAUUUGAAAGUAGCGGAAGGAUAGAGAUAACUUACAAAUUUCCUGAUGGAACACAAGAAGAUAAUCAUCCAUGUCCUGGUCAAAGAUACAAAGGGAUUACAAGAACAGCAUAUCUUCCAAACAAUAGGAAAGGAAGAGAGAUUUGUGAUAUGCUCAAAGUAGCAUUUAAAAGGAAGUUAGUCUUCACCAUUGGAAGGUCGAGAACUACUGGUGCAGAUGGUGUGAUAACAUGGAAUGAUAUACACCACAAGACAGACCCUAAACCACACUCUCAAUUUGGGUAUCCCGACCCUACAUAUCUGGAUAGGGUGACAGAGGAACUUGAAGUCAAAGGUGUUACUGUGAAGGAUAUACCAACUGAUCAUGCAGCAAGACCCAGGCGCAGAUGAACCAUAUUGUAUUAAAAAAUAUGUAUUUUUAUUUUGUUGACUGACUGUGUUAUUUAGAAAAUUGUGAAUGCUUGUAUUGUUAGGGAAACCUAUCAUUACAACAAUAGAUUGUUGAGAAUGUUUAUAUUCUGUUUGUUUGCUUUACAGUAUUUUUAGCAUUUGUGAUCACUGUCUGUCAUCUGUAGUAAAUCUCUCCUGGUAUGGUUCUAUUCAAAAGUUUUCCAAACGGUUCUGCUUGGUUGCUUAUGGAGUCAGUUAGAAAUAUUCAAAUGACAUCUUCUGUUGUCAGAUUUUGGAAUAAUUUCACAGAAAUUUACCUUAGAGCUUGGUCAAAUAAUCAGAUUCAUCUAACAAUUCUUUGGUUACUUUUCCCUGUAAAUAUAUAGUUGUAACUUAGGGUCCAUGUUUUGGAGAAAAAAGUUUGAACAUCAUUAAAUCAUAGAAAGAAAGAAUUGUUUUACAUGAAAAUUAAACAGCAUAUAAAACAUUGAUAUUAUUCUAAAAAACCAUUGUCAAUUUACUCAUAUAUUUAUUGAAUUCCGGAAAGGGACUGUAUGAAGGGGCCAUGCUUCUGGGCAGUUCAGCACCUUUAAGAACUCAUUAACAAAUGGCAUUUUUUUAAAGGGGAGGGGGGCAACUCUUAGAAUAUUUGAAGUAUCCAAUUCUACAGCACAGAACAGUAAAAAUGUACUGGACAGAUAGGUUGUUUGUAAAGAUGUUGUUUGUCACUAAACAUUUCUGUGGUUUUUGAUAUACUGCUAAACCUUAACAAAACUUCUUGUUAUAAACUGCUGGACCAAUAUUGAAAUAAUUUUGUAAGCUUGUUCCUUAAAAGACCCUGUACUGAGUGUGUUAAAAGUUCCAUAAUUCAAAACUGUGGCCAUUAGUAGGCAUGAUCUUUUGUCCCUAUAUGUAUAUAAAUAGUGGGAACUAAAAAACUGCUUGCCUGAUUAUAGAAUAAUUUUACACAAAUGACAGUUGACAAACAGCGUCUUAUUGGCGAACAGUUACCCUAAACUACAGCUGUUCAAAUAAGUCAAAUUCCUCAAAAACAGACACCAGAGGACAUGGUCAGUUUUCCCAUUAUGUAUAUAGUUAAAACUUCCAAGAAACAACUUGACAGAUUAUUUAAUCAUUUCACACAAAUGGGAUGAUUCUUUACCAAGAUUAUUCACAUUAUUCCAGUACAUCAGAAAAUUAGGCAAUGUUGAAAAUACAAAAAAUUUCAAACUCCAAUAGCAACCCUGCACUUAUAUUGUUAAAGCCAUCUUAGUAUGUUAAUAAAACAGGUCUACAUGUAUUGCUGUUUUGAAUGAAAACAUUUGCAGGCCAAUUUUUAUGCCCCACUUAAAAGAGGGAGGGGUAUAUUGUAUUGCAGAUGUCGGUCUGUAUGUACACCAAUCGGUUUCCGGAUGAUAACUCAAGAACGCUUGGACCUAGGAUUAUGAGUAUUGAUAGGGAGCUUGGUCAUGACCAGCAGAUAAACCUUAUUUAUUUUGAGGUCAGUAGGUCAAAGGUCACGGUCAAAGUGACCCGGAACAGUUAAACGGUUUUGCGAUGAUAACUCAAGAACGCUUGGGCCUAGGAUUAUGAGUAUUAACAGGGAGCUUGGUCAUGACCAGCAGAUAAACCUUAUUGAUUUUGAGGUCAGUAGGUCAAAGGUCAAUGUCACAGUGACCCGGAACAGAUGAACAGUUUCCGGAUGAUAACGCAAGAAUGCUUGGGCCUAGGAUCAUGAAAGUUGAUAAGGAGGUUGAUCAUGACCAGCAGAUGACCCCUAUUGAUUUUGAGAUAAGCAGGUCAAGGUCACAGUAACCCGGAACAGUUAAAUGGUUUCCGGACGAUAACUUGAGAACGCUUGGACCUAGGAUCACGAAACUUAAUAGGAUGGUUGGUCAUGACCAGCAGAUGACCCCUAUUGAUUUUGAGGUCAGUAUGUCAAAAGUCAAGGCCACAAUGACCCUGAACAAUUAAACCGUAUAUGGAGGAUAACUUAAGAACGCUUGGGCCUAGGAUAACGGAACUUAAUAAUGAGGUUGAUCAUAACCAGCAGAUGACCCCUAUUGAUUUUAAGGUCAGUAGGUAAAAGGUCAAGGUCACAUUGACCCAGAACACUAGAACAUUUUUGGCCUAAUAACUAGAGAAUGCUUUGGUCUAAGAUUGCUUUUGAUACGGAGGUCACUUAUGACUGGUAAAGGACCCAUAAUCAUUAAUUUGAGGUCAAUACGUCAAAUGUCCAGCGCAUAGUGAUCAAAUGAUUUCUGUUUCUUGUGCAGUUACUGAAUGCAUAAAGGGGGGCAUUUCGUGUUCUACGAGCUCUUGUUAAAGUUAUUUUAUAAGAAAUGUUUAUUGGGUGCUUUUACCUGUUCGAACUAUGAAGCGAAGGUGAGUGAAUUAAGACCUUCAUGGUCCCCAUGUGAUUAUUUCUUGGUUUUAUCUAUUGCUUGAUUUUCAUAUUUUGUAGAUACCUAUAUUUAGAUGUUUUCAUCACAACAGUCAGUAUUUUACAUUUAUAGAUAAAAAGAAAAUAUCAAUUUGAUUUUUAUCAGUGAAUAUCUGACAAAUUAUAUCCUGAUAAACUGAAUGUUCAGAGAUUAUGUUUGGUACUUAGCUUGACCUUCACUGUCACCUUGCUUAGGGUCAGAUUUAUAUGUCAAUAAUUCUAUAAGACUUAUCUUUCAUUCUCAUCCUUUCCUUAUUUAUUUGUUGAGAAUAAGCCAUCAGACAGGCUUACUGAAGGUCGGGUAAACCUACAUGCUUGCCUCAGCCUUAGAUAAUGUCCAAAGGGUACAUUACUCAAGAAAAUUGUCAUUGCUACCGUAAACUCAACCAAAAAUGCGUAUUUGGUUUGAAGAUCAACAAUAUGUAUUUUGUCAUUUUUUAGGUAAACAUGUGCUUUAGUAUAGAAUUACUCAAAUGCUUACAUGAACAUGAAGAAUAUGCAGGCACCCAUGUAAAACUGUAAAAACCAAAUUAAAAUUUUUCAUGUAACUGUAUUGUAUUUUCUUUUUUUUUGCUUGCCUAAGCACAGACUGCUCAUAAUGAUAUAUUGUGAUCACGCUGUGUCCGUCUUCCAUUGUGUGUGCAUCCACCCAUCCAUCAUCAACAAUUUCUUUAAAUGACAUCUCAUCCAAAACCACAGAUUGGAUUUGGAUGAAACUUUACACAAAAGAUCUCUGGAUAGCCUUUUUCAAAGUUGUUUAAAUGGUUCUGGUUCAUUGAACAUAUGGGCCACUAUGGUUAAAAAUAUGUUUUCAGCUAUCAAAAUUUAAAAGUCUUCUUCUUUGAAGCAAUAAUAGCUAGAGCCUUGAUAUUUGGUUUUUGAUAUCAGGGUUUGACUCUUUACUGUUGUUCAAAUUACUGCCCUAGGGUCAGAAAUAGCCACAUCUCUGGGUGUGAGAUGUAUAAACGACAUGCUGAUAUAUAAGAAACUUUGAAUAUCUUCUUCUCUGAAACCAUAAUAGCAAGAGCCUUGCUAAUUAUAUAAACCUAACUCUGUUCUUGUACCAUUACAUUAUACAAACACACUUGAAGCCUUUUACACAGGUGAGCGCUGUAAGGUAAAUAAACCUCUUGUUAGAUAAACAUUGUGACAUUCUGAUGUAAGGGUAAAAUUUGAUUAAAACCACUGAAAAGACAAUGUAUGAAAGGGGAAUGUGUUUAUUUCACUUUAUUAACAAUCUCAUUUUGAACCCAAGCUUAUAUUUUAUUUUAUUUGUCUUUAAUUAAUGUAAUAACACUCAUAAAUACUUCA